AUGCAACGAAUCAACGAAUCCAGCUCUAUCCUUUAUCCACAGGGCAUCCGCUCCCUGGCGCGUGGUGAUCAUCGUGCCUGGUCAAAACCUGCGCGUGUCCUCUAUGAGAUCGAUCGCAUCUCAGUUGGACCUGAACCGUAUAACCCUCAUCUCGCCGACCUUAGGCGGAUCACAGGGCAGAAGGUGGCAUCGAGAGGUGUCAACUACCCCCUCCUCGGCCUAGCGUUGAUAGGGCUGGCCGUUGCAAAGCUCGCGACGGUGUACUGGGAGAUGGAGCAGCGGGUGCCUAAGACGUCCUUCGGGACGGAAGGGUGCACUCGUUAUCGGGACAUGAUGUCCCCCGAGGACAUAAUUCCGAUCUUCGAAGGCGUGUUCGUAGCCUCCAGCGACGAGCGCAGGCAGACCAUCAUGCAGUCUAUCGGGGCUGAGGCUGCACCCUGGGGCGACCUGUUCGCCAUCUGGGACGUCGACACUCCUGGGCAGGACCCCAAAUCAGCGGUGCUGGAAAUCGAAGGGUUUCCAGAGGGGAAUGCGUUUCACCCCCACGGCAUGCACUACCGCGCGGAAACUGGGGAGCUGUUCGUGGUGAACCAUGCCUACUCCCAGGGAGGGGAGCGGAUAGACGUGUUCAAGGUGUCGGAGACCUUCCCACAGGACGCCCUGCCGAGGAGGACGAGGAGGGAGGAGAAGGAGGAGGAGGAGGAGGUUGUCGAGAGCCCGAAGGAGAUGGCCAAGCGGCUCAAGAGGGAGGCGAAGGAGGCGGCGGGCAGAGCCAAGGCGGAGGAGAAGCAACGCCUCGCGAACGAGAGAGCGGCCGCCAAGGCAGCCGCUGCGGCGAAGGCGGCGAGGGCGAAGGGCCUAGCCAAAGGGCAGACCCCGAUCACGCUGACCUAUUCCUUCUCGGUGGAGCACGAGCUCAUCACAACCAACUUUGGGGUGCUGAACGACCUCGUCCUCGUGGACGAUGACGAGCUGUACGUGACGCAGUUCCUGGCGAUGCGGCACCCGUUGCACGGCCCCACACAGCCAGACGGGGUCCUGGAGCACCUCCGACUCUACGGCUCCAUCCUGCUCCUGAUGCUGCAGAUCAGCCCGGCACCCAUCAUCCGUUGCACCGGGAUUCGUGGGGCCGACAUCGACUGCGAGCGCCUAGCGAAGGGGAGGGGCGCGAUGUACAACGGCAUCGCGAUAAGCCCGAACGGAGAACGUCUCCUGGUGUCAGACACGGUGGCGAUGCAGAUGCUCAUUUUCAACCGCUCCGUGGAGACGGGAGCGCUCAGACUACGACAGCGGCUAGACCUCCCUGGGUCUCCGGAUAACGUCGAGAUCGAUCUAUUCAGAGCGACCGAGGGGAUCGAGGCGUACACGGUGGGGCUGAUCCGUGCCACCGACUUCGCCAAGUAUUCGGCGGCGAUGGUUGGGGCUACGGAUCCCACCGAUGGGGACGACAUAAAGAUGGCGGGAGGGUUUGCUUCCAUCGUAUUCGACCAGGAAUCUGGCAAUUACGAGAGCAAUUUGGAGAUGUGGCACGACGGAAGCCUGCUCUCGAUUUCCUCUGCGGUCUCGACCGCCUCGGGGGCCCGCCUGAUGGGCUCUGCCGUUGAGGAGGGGUACCUGUUGUGCCGCCCACCCCCUUGCCCGUUGGACAGCCAGGAGGUAGCGACGGAUGGGACGACAUGUUCGUGGGGACCACCCCCCCCGCCGGCGGUAGAAGAAGAGGCCGAAGACCCAGAGUAGUCUAUUAAAGUGUGUUUUUUUCAGCUCCUCCCUUUCUCUGUCAAGCGGGUGUGUCGUUUACAGUGGUCCAUGGUCCUGGCAGCGGAUGUAUUUGCUGGGCAGCGAGCUGGGUUUUGUCUUGGACCAAUGGCGAUGGCCCUCGUGAAGCAUGCAAGAGGUUGGCGGUGACGUUCCUCUAGCCAGCCCUCCCCCCCCUUCCCAAGGUAGCUACAGGGGAAGACGGCAAACACACCCAAGGUGGAGCAUUGUAGAUCUGGUUGGACAGUUUUCGGCCCAUUGAUGAUGUACUGCUUGACCUGCAAGUUUGAGGGGCCGGCGGUGUCAUCAGCAGAGAUUGCGACCCUUGUAGCUUCGUAGCUGUCGUGUAGCGUUCGUUCUUGGAGGAAAGCCGAACGCUUUUUGUUUGGGGGGGUGGAACAGAUAAUAAUUAGUGUGCUUGAGAAAGAAAUGAGAAAGCCGAACGCGUUUGUUUUUUUGGGGGGAGGGGAACCAGAUAAUGGUGUGUUGUGCUUGUUGUCAUACCAUCUCUUGGCUGUGGUUGAUCGAAGUGAAUCUCGGUGUGAGUGUUCCAGACGCACGCACAAUGCCUAGAGUGGGCAUUGGGUUGUUUGUUUAACGUUUUUUCCCUCCUGAUUUACGUAGGCAUGAGAGUGCAGGAGGCAAUAAACCGAGAGGGAGCUUUCGGUUCGAUCUGAGUCAAAGAAAUAUGCGGUUGGUUUUGUGUGCAGGUGUAUGAUGUAGAUACCUGAGGUGCUUGCAGUGCUUUUGUAGUUCGUGCCAUCCCAGAGGCCAAGAGAAACGGCGGUGACCCUCGACUGCAAAGAGACUUCAAAAACGCUCACUGGUGGUGUAAUAGCCCCGAGUAAAGAGCUGUACAACCGAAGUACUCCUAACACAUGAUGAGAGACACGAUUGGUUGAUGUGCCAUGCUAGAUGAAUCACGAUCGAUAUCCCAUCAAUGUAUUUUCGGGGUCAAUCCGCUGUCGCUCCUGGCGUCACGGCGAAGAGGAACUGGCGCCAUGGCGAAGAGGAAAGGUACU